AAGGCACCAACCUCUCAAACUUUUACCACGCCCGAAUACGGACCUCCCAUUCCCUUACGAUUUGUUCGAAAACUUGACCCAUAAUCAACAUGUCUGGAUGCAAGCACCAAAUCCUGCAACUUAAGCCUUCACCGUUCGCGGAAUUGGCAGGUUACACUCAACUUUCCCUUCAUCAACACAAAGCUGUGAUGACCAAGUCGGGCAAAGUAACAAAAGCCUUAGCAUCCCGGCUCCAUUGGUGCUGCCAUUCGAUGGCCUUGACUAUGACCCUGAUUGCGAGGCUCAAGGUUUUAAAUGUUGGCUACAAUACGACGGGAGAAAUAAAGUGUCCGUACCCAAGCGAACUGUGUACAUCGCCCGCGUACCAGAGGUCACGAAACAUGUCGCGUAUAUGAGUAGUUGGCCUGCCCCUAGACUACACCCCAAAACACUCGCAUUCCAAGGGAUGAAAGAACCAAGUCCCAACAUCCGCAGCUUUAUCAAAUACAUCAGCGUAUUCUACCACGGUAUGACAGUAAGAGAGCUUCUCCCUAAACGACUCAAAUGGACAUCCUGGGAAAACAGUCCUAAAUCGAGCCACAGGUCCUCUAUUCCAGAGUAUGUUGCCCUUCAGUACGGCAAUGAGACAACGCGCGUCCGCACCCGCAAACCACCAGGCAACAUCUUCAUCGCUCAACUCAACCUGAACGACAUUCUCGACGAUGCAAUAAGAGCAAUACCAGAUGAUGCUUAUGCUCUGUGUCUGCUGGUCGACCACGACAUGUGGGAAGAAGACGACGAUUUCUGCUGCGAUCGCGCAUAUGGUGGAAGUAGAGUCGCCGUUGUCCAGACAGCACGGUACAACCCUACUCUUGAGGCAAAAGAGGGCAUUGACAGGGCUCACAUGUGGCCGUUGAGCUACUGCAAAGACUUCGUCGACAAGAUCUGCCUUACUGAAGACUUAGUGUUGCGGUAAAUGCAAUAAGUGUAGGUGUAACCGCGAAAGGCAGUCA